GAGCGAGGCAGCGACAGUCUGUGUCUAUGCUUAGACCUCGAUAGUUGGGCGCGGCAAGUAUUGCAUGUUAACGUGGACACACGAUUAAAAAUCCAAGAUCGACUUCAUCGGCGACGACUGACUGCGGACCCCUUUCAAUUACCUACGAUAAAGCACCCGCCGUGACAAUCUGACUGAGAGAGCGGUGUGGGCAUGUGUGCGUGCAACAGCUGUUGACAAAUUAUUGAGCACUGCUUGGCCUUCGUCGAUUUUCGAGUUGGCAAAUCAAAACGAUAAUUUUCAAUUAUUAAACAAAAAAUUGUGAAAUGACUGGAUCAGUCCACGAUCCAAAAUGGAGCCUGGAGCGACGCGAAUCUUCGGGCCAUUUGGUGUGGCGUAAAGAGUCGCCAUCAUCAAAGGUUCGCUUUCGAUUCGAUGUGGAAGUCUUAGAAUUUGAAAAGCACCCAAACGAAGAGUUGGAUCACAAAGACGAUAAUUUCUCGAUCACAAACUUAUCCACAACAAUUGCCCUCUGUGCCACAUGCAUUGCCGUUGUAGCUGCCUCCGUAUUCCUGCCCUGGUACCUUAUGGAGAAGGUCGGCGCGAUCUGAAAGCAGUUCGUUGGCAUGCAUAUCCAUAUUCAUACUCAUGUGUAUGUGCGAUGUAUAUUAUUGACGGUAUUAAGUAGCUUUAUGUAUAUAGAAAGGCGUAGAUUUAAGUAAUGUUACAAUGUGUAAAUACGAAUGUAAAUAAUGCGUAUAUGUUAAUAGACUCAAAUCUAAGGCUUUAGUGGCAAAUAAAUUAC